AAGUGAAAAAAAAUUUCUACACUAUUUGUGAUAACAUUGUUCGACUUGGUGUUAAUUGAAAAAUGUUUAUAAAUGAUUUAUAGUACAACUUGACGGUUAGUGCACAUAUCGGGUACUUUAGUAUUGAAAUGUGAAUGGAUAGUUCCGUAUUUUUGCAGGUUAUUGCAUAAAUACAAUAAAAAUGUCAAAUAUGUGAAGUUGUUGGCGAAAAUCUUUUUAUGUGUUCAAUUAAAUAGUGCAACAUAUGUAAUAUGCGCGGUAUUAAUGAAAUGUAGUAAUAAAUAUAAACAUUGCAUGGCAUUUAAAACUAAUAGCCACAAAUAUUCGGUUUGUUGAUGGUUAUUUUGCAAUACGCCCUUUACGUUCCCAAGCAUGUUACGGUUGGAAGUGAACAUAUGCACAAGUUACAUGUGAUAAUAUAACAAGGAAUACCUUCGGAUGUACUUUUAUUAUGUCAAUAAGAAUAUAAUUGGUUUGACAAGCUCCGGUUAAAAAUUUUUUGUGUGAGUAACAUAAAAUGUGGAACAUGAUGUGCGACGUUAUGCCAACCAUUUCGGAGGACAGCAUUUCCCAACGUUCCUCACAAUUUAGCGGCGAAGAUGCUAAUUUCGAACAGCUUAUGGUGUCUAUGCUGGACGAAAGGGAUAAGUUAAUGGAUAGCUUGCGUGAGGCACAAGAACGUCUUAGCGAAACUGAAGUAAAACUGCAUGAUGUAGAAAAGGAACGAGACAGUUUGCAACGUCAAAUAAAUGCAAACUUGCCACAGGAAUUUGCUACAUUAACUAAAGAACUAACGCAAGCAAGAGAGGCACUACUAGAAAGAGAUGAAGAAAUCGGUGAAUUGAAAGCAGAACGCAACAAUACACGACUUCUCUUAGAACAUUUGGAGUGCUUGGUGUCGCGGCAUGAACGUUCCUUACGUAUGACAGUUGUUAAAAGACAGGCGGCAGCACAAAGUGGCGUCUCCAGUGAAGUUGAGGUUUUAAAAGCUUUAAAAAGUUUAUUUGAACAUCACAAAGCGCUCGACGAAAAAGUCAGAGAGCGUUUACGCAUAUCUAUAGAAAAAAACAAUACCUUAGAGGAGGAGUUAAACUCAACCAAAGAAGAGCUUCAGCAAUAUAAAUCAGGUGCAAUACAAGUCAAACGUGAUGCAAAUAGUGAGAAUGGAGUAACUGAAAAGGCUUGUAGCGUGAAUGGUGAAACCAAUGAAGCAAGUGAUUACUCUGCGAAAACUCAUGAAUUGCAAACAAUUAUUGAAAAACAAACUGCAGAGCUCUCACAAUGGCAACGUCGAGUUUCUGAUCUUAACAAUAAAAUCUGUGAACUAGAAGAAAACUUGUCAAGAGUUCAAAAAGAUUUGUGUAAGUCUCAAGAACAGUGUUCCAAACUGCAAAGAGAUUUACGUGAAAAUGUUGCUCAAAAGGAAGAUCAGGAGGAAAGAAUAGCUACACUUGAAAAACGUUACUUAAAUGCUCAACGUGAAUCCACAUCGUUACACGAUUUGAAUGAAAAACUGGAACAAGAAUUACGCCAUAAAGAAGCACAACUCAAGUUGCACGAAGAAAAAAUUUGUGCAAUAGAAGAAAAAUUAGAAUUAUCCGAACAAAAACUAGCACAACAAGCUAAGAUGCAACCUGAUAUGGAAGAACAGCUUAAAGCGCGUAUGGAGGCUUUAGCUAAGGUAGGAAAUAAGGCUCAAGAACGUCACGGUUCAGCUGAGGAUCGUAUACAGAGACUAGAAACCACGUUAGAAGAAAAGAACGCCGAAGUUGUGAGACUGAACCAAAGAUUAAAAAUGAAUGAGGAGCAUAACAUAAGGCUAUCGUCAACUGUUGACAAAUUACUUUCUGAAUCGAAUGAACGAUUACAGGUUCAUUUGAAAGAACGUAUGCAUGCACUAGAUGAGAAGAACUCAUUAACGCAGGAACUAGAAAAGGCGCGUAAAAUUGCUGAAGAAUUGCAUCAUGAAAAAAGUGAGAUAUUGAAGGAUUUGUCAAAGACACGUUUAGAAAUUGAAAAUUUCAAGCGGCAAUUAUUGCAACAAGAAAUUGCUUACAAUAUACAACAAACUGAGGCAUUAACCCGUAGUCUUUCACCCAGCAGUGCUGUGGAUGGAAAUAGUUUUUCACGUAGUGCUUCGCAUGCUAGUUUUGAGACGCAUUCACUGCGAAGAAAUAAAUCACGUUUGCAAGAAGAAAAUGAAAAAUACGCUAGAUCAAUGGCAGAGCAGGAAUGGGAAAAACUGCAGCAGGCACACGCACAGCAAGCUUUUGAAAUAUCUGUAGCGCCUGAAGUUGAUGAUGGUGAUGUAAUAUUUGCUGCUACAGAUAUGAUGUCACCUUCAGGUCAUACAGACGCACAGACAUUAGCAAUGAUGCUGCAGGAACAGCUUGAUGCCAUUAACAAUGAAAUUAGAUUAAUUCAGGAAGAAAAACAGUCCACAGAAGCUAGAGCCGAAGAACUGGAGUCACGUGUUGGCAGUUUAGAACAUGUAAAUUUACUUGCUCGUGGUCGUUCAAUGGAUAGACAAAGCCCACCUAUGAGCGGUCGAAGUACUCCUAAUAGCCCGAACAGGGACUACAUGCAAAAAUACCAUACGCUUAACUUACCCGUCAUGUCAAGUGAUGUGUCACGUGAUGACAUUCACGGUAUUUCUACAACUGGUGAUUCUAGCUCAGGUGGUGCCGCUUCGCCUUUAACAGCCAGAUCAAUGCGUUUGGAAAGAGUAGCACAAGCGUUAGCGCAUAGUCAAGAAGAGCUUCGAAGACGUUCCAUUGGAUUAUCUCCAAAUCAAGUCGCAAAUAAUACAAGUCACAUAACAUUAGGGCAUGGAUAUGGACUGUCACCAAUAAGUUCACGUUACGGCAGUCAAGAAUCACUUAGUAGGCAUUACAAUACUAUUGGCUCAAUGACCAUGUUACAAACACCAACAACAACUGUGGGACGUGAUGUUGUUGCUGCUGUACAAAAGAAAAAGGGUAUUAAAUCAAGCUUGGGAAGAUUUUUCAGUAAAAAAGACAAAGUAAAAGGUGUAAAAGACACGCUGCCAGAUGGCUCGGCUAGCAUGAUGUCCAUAGGUAAUUUAUCUAUUGGGUUAAGCGAAUGUGAUUCAAAUUAUGAUGCUAUGAGUAUGACCGGUGGCAUGAUGCCUAGAAUAUCCAGUGUGCCAGGUUCAAAAAUAUCCUCUGUAGAUUAUGGACGACAGAAAAAGGAUCAUGACUACAGAAAUGAUUUGCUGGGCGAAGCCAUGAAGGCUGGUACACCGUUUGCGUUAUGGAAUGGACCCACAAUUGUAGCAUGGCUAGAAUUGUGGGUUGGAAUGCCAGCAUGGUAUGUGGCAGCGUGUCGCGCCAAUGUCAAAUCUGGUGCAAUCAUGAGUGCUUUAAGUGACACGGAAAUACAAAGAGAAAUCGGUAUUAGUAAUCCCCUACAUAGACUUAAGCUACGUCUUGCCAUACAAGAAAUGGUUUCAUUGACAUCACCGUCUGCUCCACAAACAUCACGUACAACAUUAGCAUUUGGUGAUAUGAACCAUGAAUGGAUAGGAAACUAUUGGCUUCCAGGCUUAGGCCUACCGCAAUAUCGCACAACCUUUAUGGAAUGUUUAGUUGAUGCUCGCAUGUUAGAUCAUUUAACAAAAAAAGAUUUACGUGGUCAACUAAAAAUGGUAGAUAGCUUUCAUAGAACAAGCUUACAAUAUGGUAUAUCGUGUUUAAAGCGUUUAAAUUAUGAUCGCAAUGAACUGGAACACCGGCGUAAAAUGUCAGAGAAUGGCUUAUGUGAUGUACUUGUGUGGAGUAAUGAACGCGUUAUACGCUGGGUGUGCAGUAUUGGCCUAAAGGAAUAUGCUAAUAACUUACUUGAGUCAGGUGUACAUGGAGCACUAAUGGCACUCGAUGAAAGCUUUGAUUCCAAUGCUAUGGCUUUAGCUUUACAGAUUCCAACACAAAAUGCACAAGCUCGUCAUACUCUCGAUACGGAGUUCAAUAAUUUAUUACAAAUCGCUACAGAUCGUCGACCAGAAAGUGAUCAACUUAAUAAAUCUUGAUCCAGCUUCUCUCCAGCAGAGACCUUAGUCAAUGAGUAAUGAGUAAAUGUGUUAAUGACAAAAAAGCAAAGCUGAUGAACAAGGAUUUUUAUGUACCUAUUUAUAAACUAAUAUUUUUUAAAAUUAUAUUUUAUUUAUUUCCUUAAUGCAAUGUGAGACAAAAGUAUAGCAAAAACUUAAAAAAAAUAGUAUUAUAUUUUUGAAGAUUUCAGUGGAAUCAAUAUUAAGUUAAAUUUUUGACACUUACAUAUUUAUUUGUAAAUUUAAAACAUUUUUAAAUAUUUAAAUUCCGAUAAUAAUAAUUGCGAUAACCAUUACGCCUAUAUACCUCCUAAGUGAAAUUAUAACUAAAAUGUAUAAUCGAAAUUGUUGAAGGCAAAAACAAAAUUUAGUGUUAAGAACAUUUUUUUUUUAAGUUUUCAAAGUCUACAACAAAUAGUGUAUGCCUACUUCAUCUUGAAAUUGAUUGAUAGAAAAACUUAACUAAAAUUUAAACUACUUUAUACGAUAAAAAUAUAGCAAUAUAUAUAUAAAAAAUUUCAUCCUCAUCCCUUAAUCUUAUGUUAAACUUUUCGAUAACGUAAAAAAAAAACUAAAAAUUAUGUCUUAAAUGUACCAACAAUAACUCAGUGUUAUUAAAAUAUAAAAUUUGAACUAAAAUUCUAUAAAAUUAUUUAAAAUUCAUGUAUACAUUAAAUCCAAUCAUGCGAUAA